AUGAAACUCUACGUCUUCGUAGCACAGACACCCGAUAAGAGCUCCAGGCCGAGUCGAAGUUGCACCGGCUAUGACGAGAACUACUACUAUCUUCACGCGGAGUCGUUCAUAUAUAUAAACCUCUUCGUCGAGAACCAAUACCGGUAUAUCUCGAGAUCGACUAAUAGUGUCUUGGGCGAGCUCGACGAGUUGGGUGUCGUCUUUGUUGCGGCGGCGAACAAUUACAUGCAAGGGAUUGAUCCAACCGUUGACAGCAGAUACGGCUUCUGGGACGCCCAGCGCCAGAAGCGGUUUGACACCUCCGGCCGCAGCAAGCCCGUCAUCUGGAAUGGGCAGGUCAAGGACAAAAGUCGCCUCAUUCGCUACGACACCCGCGCCACCUGGGACGCCGCGACUGCCUGCCAGGGCGUCUCGGACGACAGCAGCAGUCUAUCCGACAGCCCUAGCGAGCCCGUGGACUCCGGCAUCCCGCCGGACUUCAGGAACCGCCAGGACCCCAACGCUGGCAUAAUCACCACUCCACCAGCCAGCUCAACCACCCCCUCGCCCGUGUGCGACGACAAGUGCAAACAGGGCCGCGGCAACAGCAUGCUCAAGUAUGGCGGUUUCCUGGUUUUUCUCGGUACUGUCGAGAUCAAUACAAUGCCGGUCGGGCUGAUCAUGGGCCGUCUCCAAUACCAGCGGCUCCGCGACGGCUUUUAG